AUGAGUGAAUUGAUAUGGGUAUCCCCACAAAACUAUUUACUUUCCCAAAAGGAUUGGAAAAGCAAUAUCAAGAAAAACGGCUAUAUUCCAAUCUUAAAAGCAGAUUUAUUAAAACUUGAAAAUUCACUGCAAAUUUCUUUAAAGAGUAGGUUCUCUUCGAUACCCAAUAAUUUGAUAUCAGACACCAAAAAAAAAGAUGCCUCUCAAUAUUCGAAAGAAUCUAAUGCAUCUGAAGAAGAUGAUAAGUUUAAAUAUAAACCAAUUGAUAUAUUUUUGAAAGCUAAUAAUCCUUUAUUAACAUUUUGUAUUGGUUCUCUUGUUUAUAUUGAAUCAGUUGAUAAAACGAAUAUUUUAAUAGACGAAUGGAUAGAUUAUUUAAAGGAACAAAGCCUGGAACCUCAUGAGAGAGAGAUAUUACAUUUUGUGUCGUGGUCAAGAAUAUUUGCAACUGGAUUUGAAACACAAAAUAUUUUUAUCCAAAUGUCAAUCGACUCGAGUGAUUAUAAAUCUUACUAUACAUUUUUAAGGUUCAUCUAUAAACUUAGCAAAAAAUCAAAUAGAUUUUCAAUUAAUUUUGAUGAUAACAUUCAUCGGUUAAUUGGUAAACAAUCAUUUUCUUCAAAUGGUGCUAUUGAAAACAUGGAUAUAAUUUUGCAGCAUAUAGAAAACAUAUUGGAUAGAUAUAUGACUAAUAAGGAACAAAACAAUAAAGACAAUCAGAUUAACCAAGCUACAAGUGAAGAGUAUACUAUUGAUCUCUCCACAUUGAGUGAUCUUCCGAGAGAAUCUCUAAAGCAACUGUGUAAAGAUAUUAUAGGAUUUAGAAGUAGGGUAUUUACAAUGGAGAGGGAAAAAAUGUUGAGAGACAGUAUAGAAGAAAAUCAACAAAGAAGAAAAAAAAUGGUUCAAGUAUUUGAAGAAAUAAGUAAGAAACAGAAUAUAGAUAAUGAUUCAGUGAAUGAUAUUCUUAUGAUGAAUGAUGGUGAUAUGUUGUAUCCAGAUGAUUCUGAAUUUAACGAAGAUGAUGAUGGUUAUGAAGUUGAACAAGAGAAAAAAAUAAAAUUGAAACAAGAUUCAGACAUUAGAUAUAAGAAAUUGUUAAAUAAAUUAAAAUCUUUAACUGAAGUUCGGCUGCAACAUCUGGAGUUGAAAAUAAAAAACUCAGAGAAUUAUGAUGAUACCCUGGAUAGAAUACGGCCUGCAGCUAUUAAAGAGUUACUACACCUGGGAAAAGAUAUAUAUUAUGAUUCUAGAGAAAUAUCUAGAAACAAGGAAAAGCAACAAGAUGAUAUGAAUAGACAGAAAUAUGGAACAGAUGUGGGCAUGUCGUUGUUGUUUGACAAGUUUAUGAAUGGUAUACCAGGCAGAAAAGAUCUAGUUACAGAAAUUGAUGCAAAGAGUAUAUCCGCUACUAUUAAAUCCGAAAAUGAUGGAAAAGAACAUGCCAGUAAUGCAGAGAUUAAUAUUAAACUUAACUUUAAUAAAGCAUUAGGAAAAUUGUCAGAUACGUCAGAAGAGAAAGAGAAUAUAGAUAGUAUUAUUAUAGAUAACUUUAAAGAGGGUAAUGAUACAAAGAAUAAUAUAAUCGAUUUUAAGUCAGAAGCUCUGAACAGAUUACCAUUUACCGAUGAAGAUUUAGAUAACAGAUUAAAAGCACUGAAAAAGACAGGUCUUGUGGAAGAACUUGUCAAGGAAUAUUUAGGGGUAUAUGAAGAAGAAUUAGUCGAGUAUAUUUUUGAUAACAUAAAGGAAUUCAGAGACAAGGAUAGUCUAUUUGAAGAGCUUAAAGAGACAUUUGAUGAUGAUGCAAAGGAUAUUGUUGAUAAAAUAUGGAAUAGUAAAGAGUUAUCAUCAUUAAAUUAA